CAUGGGCGAGUGUUUAAAACCCCUCUAAAAAGGGAUAUCUAAGUAGAAGAAGCCGAAGGCCCUACUACUCCCUCUUCUCUUCCCCCCACACGCAAUAAUAAAAAUAUCUCAGUUAGCAAGCUGCUAGCUUUACCCUUUUCCCCCCUUUUCCGGUGGGUGGUUAUGGCUUCUUCUUCCAGUUCCAUGGAAGGAGGAGUGGAGAAUGACUAUACUCAAGAUGGGACGGUGGAUCUCAAAGGGAACCCAGUUCGCCGUUCUAAACGUGGUGGCUGGAAAGCUUGCUCCUUCGUUGUUGUUUAUGAGGUGUUUGAGAGGAUGGCGUACUACGGGAUAUCGACAAACUUGGUGAUUUAUUUGACGAAAAAGCUGCACCAAGGCACAGUCAAAUCCUCCAACAACGUCACCAAUUGGGUCGGCACCAUUUGGAUGACGCCAAUCCUCGGCGCCUACAUCGCCGACGCUCACCUCGGCCGCUACUGGACCUUCGUCGCCGCCUCCGCCAUCUACCUCUCCGGGAUGUCGCUGCUGACGCUCGCAGUCUCGCUGCCGUCGCUCCGGCCGCCGCACUGCACCGACCCGGACCCGAACAACUGCCCCAAGGCCUCAACCCUCCAGCUGGGCAUCUUCUUCGGGGCCCUCUACACCCUGGCCGUGGGCACGGGCGGGACCAAGCCCAACAUCUCAACCAUCGGGGCCGACCAGUUCGACGACUUCGAGCCCAGGGAAAAAGCCCACAAGCUCUCCUUCUUCAACUGGUGGAUGUUCAGCAUCUUCUUCGGCACCCUCUUCGCCAACACCGUCCUCGUCUACAUCCAGGACAACGUCGGCUGGAGCAUCGGCUACGGCCUCCCCACCGCCGGCCUCCUCGUCUCCAUCGUCAUCUUCCUCGCCGGGACGCCCUUUUACCGUCACAGGGUCCCCGGCGGGAGCCCUUUUACUCGGAUGGCCAGGGUGAUCGUGGCCGCGGGGAGGAAGUGGAAGGUGGAUGUUCCUGGUGAUCCGAAGCAGCUCUACGAGCUGGAUCUGGCUGAGUAUGCCAAAGGUGGCAAGUUCAGAAUCGACUCCACGCCUACUCUGAGGUUUCUGAACAAAGCUGCGGUUCAGACGGGGUCAGAUGACGGUCCGUGGAUGCUGUGUCCGGUGACUCAGGUCGAAGAGACGAAACAGAUGCUCAGGAUGAUACCGAUCCUGGUGGCGACCUUCAUACCCAGCACGAUGAUCGCCCAGAUCAAUACCUUGUUCGUCAAGCAAGGGACCACCCUGCACCGCCAGAUCGGCAGCUUCCACAUCCCUCCAGCGAGUCUCACGGGGUUCGUCACCUUGUCGAUGCUUAUUUCUGUUGUAUUGUACGACAGGUUCCUGGUCCCGCUGGUGAGGAAGUGGACCAAGAACCCGCGAGGGAUCACGCUGCUCCAGAGGAUGGGGAUCGGGAUCGUCUUCCACAUCGUCAUAAUGCUGGUGGCGUCGUUGACGGAGAGGCACAGGCUGAGCGAGGCGAGGAAGCAUGGUGUGGUGGAGAGUGGAGGCCAGAUCCCUCUCUCCAUCUUCGUGUUGCUUCCUCAGUUUGUGCUCAUGGGAACUGCGGAUGCCUUCUUGGAGGUGGCCAAGAUUGAGUUCUUCUAUGAUCAGGCUCCGGAGAGCAUGAAGAGUUUGGGGACUUCGUACUCCACCACUAGCCUUGGGAUAGGCAAUUUCAUCAGUAGCUUCCUUCUGUCGACCAUUUCUGAUGUCACAAAGAGGCAUGGGCACAAGGGUUGGAUCCUGAACAAUUUGAAUGCAUCUCAUCUCGACUACUACUACGCCUUCUUCUCCGUGCUCAACUUCCUGAACCUGGGCUUCUUCUUGGUCGUGAUCAGGUUCUAUGUCUACAAAGCUGAAGUCUCGGAUUCGAUGCAUGUUCUAGCGGAAGAACUGAAAGAAAAUGCUCGUUUGAGGGAACCAUCAUCCAAUGAAUAACUUAUAAUCUGUUUGCACACACAGUGAAAUGAUAAUGAGAAACAUUUCAGAUCCAAGCUACCAUGAUCGAUAUUGCAAAUGUAGGUUCUUCCUGCAACGGUCACAUUUGUUCAUGCUUUAUACAACAUGUACCAAGGUUUCGAGAAACAACUUUUUAUAAGCAAACAAACACAUAAUGAAUGACG